ACAGAGACAUGAAGAGGCCCCUUACUAUGGCUGGUGUUUGUUGGGUGCCCUGGCCGUGUGUAAGUGUGUGUGUGUUGCUGUCCGUGUGUGUGGGCCGGGGUGCGGAGGCGCUGAUCAGUAAGCACUGCGACACGUACGAGGAGGAUGUGUACGUACAGCCUGACAAAGUCAAGACCUUAUCUUGUCACCAGGAGCCAGGACUGGGCUCCUAUACUGAGUGUAGCGGUGUCACAGACUUCAGGUCAGAUUUGAAAGAGGUGUUCCCAGACACACGCUCGCUGUGUGUGGACAGUAUGUCCAAAUCCCUUCCUGCCAACACCUUCUCUCAUCUCCCUUCCCUGGUGAUGCUGAAGGUGGACAGUGAUCACCUGGUACAGGUAACUCCUGGAGCCUUCUCUGGCCUGUCCAAACUCCGCAUCCUGCACUUUUACGCCUCCUCCACAUGGGAUUGUCUGAAUGCCAACCUGGAGAAGGGGCUCUUCCAGGGCCUGGCCAGUCUGGAGGAGCUUGUCCUGAAGAAGGUGUGUUUGUCCUCGGCCCCCCCAGACCUGCUGAGUCCCCUGCUGGGGCUCCAGAGCCUGCAGGUUUCCAACGCGGGAGUGACUCAGCUGGGAGACGUCUUCUGUCUGCUUCCCCCUGGGAUGAUGGACCUGGAAAAGAUAUCUCUGCAAUACAACAAUGUGAAAGACAUUCAGUACAAAGGUUGUGAAACCAGCUCUAAAUCAGAUCCUUGGCCCAUGGAGAUCCUGAGCAGGAUUCGCACUCUAGAUCUGACGGACAACCCUGUUGACUACGUGGGAACGAAUCCGCUGGAGAUGUUCCAGAAUCUGUCCUGUUUUUCUGUGAGCUUAAAGACCCGAGGCCUGGAGCUUCUCAGCAAGUCUGGUGUUGGGAGGGUGCAGAAGAUGAUGCUAUUUAGCCACGAUGAUGCCACCAGCUUCUCCUUCAGCCUAGCUGAGCUGUGUUCACAGGUGUCUCAUCACAGAGUGGAGUCUGUAGAAGUAGGCAGGGUCACAUUCACAGGCGUCACUGCCAACGCCAUGAGCAGGUGCUGGUCUGGGCUGAGAGAGUUGUCCGUGAGCUCCUCCACUGUCCAAGACCUGGAUCUGGACUUCUGGACCUCAGCAGCAGACCUCCAAGGCCUGACUCUGAGACUGAUCAAGCUGAGCAACGCCUCGUUCUGCGCUGCCGGUGGGGGUGCUGUGUGGAACCUCACCUCUCUCAUCCUAUCACACAACCACCUGACUGCGAUCAGUCCGGAACAGUUCUCCUGCAUGCCUUUCUUGGAGAAACUGGACCUGACCCAAAACCGCAUCACCUCUCUGCCCCCGCGGGCCUUCAACGGCAUCCCCAGCCUCAGGUUCCUCAGCCUGGCUGACAACAAGCUUACCCAGCUGGGACCACAUGACUUUGAAGAACUCCCUGCUCUGGAGGUACUUUAUCUGGAGGACAACAAGUUCGAGGCCAUAGAGGAAGGAGUGUUCAAGAAGCAGUCUCACCUCCAGGAACUGACCCUGGGGAGGAUCGACAUCAUCUACGAGGUGUACCUCAGCAUGCUCUUCUACUCCUAUCCACCCAGGCUCCGCAGGCUCGUCAUCGACGCAGGGCCAGGGACCAACCUGCACGUCAACAACAUCACUGCCCCGGAAGUACCCAUGGUCCUGGAGCUGCGAGGCAAGGAACUGAAGGUCCAUUCUAGCACCUGUACCAACAACUUGUUCCCCUUAGUCCGAGAGCUAACGGUGGGCGAUGGAGCAACCUUCCUCUGCCUUAAUGAAUUCCUGGCACCCUACUUCCCUAACCUGGAGUCUUUUGUUUACUCUGCAAACCCUGAGAGGUUUUUCAUCAACUACUCUACCAUCAAUCAGCUGUGGAAGCUUAAGAGGCUCAAACUGACCAACCUGAACUUCAACAACCACACAGACUCCAGCAGGAUCUUCAGGAACCUGACCCAGCUCAGGAGUCUUGUACUGAUCAACUGCAGAUUCAACUUCCUCACCAAGAGCAUGUUUAUGGACCUGUUGUCUCUGCGUCUGCUGAGGCUGUACAGUGAGAGUCCUCUGAUUCUGCUGGAGGACGCCUUCCAGCCGCUGGUCUCUCUCUCCACGCUUGUCUUCGAUUACGUUGACUUCCGCUGUGAAUGCUCCAAUAACUGGUUGCUGGAGUGGGCUGAAACAUCCCCCCAUGUACAGGUUGUGUCCCUGCAGCACCAGCUCUGUAUCUGGCACUACCAGCGACUCAACUUCCUGUCCACUAUGGAGCGCCUCUGCCAGACCAACGUUGACUUCCUGUUUUACAGCUCCACGGCGAUGGCCACGGUCAUCUUCCUGCUUUUGGCGUUUGGAUACCGCUUCCUCCGCUGGCCAUGCAUGCUUCUGUUAUUCCGCCUGCGAGGAUGGGUGGAGCGCCGUCUGGGACGGAGGUGGUGGAAGAAGAGGAGGGGGAACCGAGGGGGAAUAGAGGAGAGGGUGGAGGAGGAGGAGGUUCGCUACGAUGCCUUUGUGUCCUUCAGCAGUUUGGAUGAGGCCUGGGUGAUGGGACAGAUGGCCCCCAGGCUGGAGCGAGAUGGAGAACCCCAGAUCCGACUGUGUCUGCACAACCGAGACUUUGAGGUGGGAAAGGGCAUCGUGGACAACAUAGCUGAGAGCAUCUACAGCAGCAGGCGGACGGUGUGCGUGCUAAGCAGGCGCUACCUGCGCAGCGAUUGGUGCAGCCUGGAGAUGAAGAUGGCCACGCAUCGCCUGCUCUCCGAGCACAGCCACAAGCUCAUCCUCAUCUUCCUGGAGCACAUCUCCCCCUUCGAGCUCUCUGCUUUCCACAGACUGGCCAAGCUGGUGAGGACCAGAACAUAUCUGGACUGGCCUGAAGAUGAGAUGGAGAGGGUGACCUUCUGGGAGCGCUUACGCCGAAACAUCUCGGAGAGAGAUUCUGAUGAAAAGCACCAGCCGCACUCCUGAACUCACAUCCUGACUGACGUCAUCUGCAGUUAACUGAAGAUGGUUUCUCAGAGAUCCGACAUGUUGUUCUAGGCCUGAGAAAUCACCUUCUGCAUGUGGGCAGGGCAGAGUACGUGCAGCUAUACAAGGUUCUGACUCAGUCACACGCUUGCAGAAACACAUCCAUGUUUCCCAUGGCAAAGCUUCUCUCAUACAACAGUUGUGCUUGCAAAUCUACUAUUGGCUACUACUUGAAAUAAAUUGUGUUGGUUAGAAAAUUGUUAGUUUUGGUAGAUUUCUGUGUGAUUUAAGAAUGGUUCUAAAUGCAAUAUAUAUAUUUCCUAAUUCUCACAGUUUGGUGUGAAUAAUGGCUUACAGUUAUGAGUGUGAACGCGAGAGGCAGGAACGCUGCCUGCUGUGCCUUUAGGGAUUCAGCAAAGUCGUGGUGUGUGUGCGCGCGCGUGUGUGUGUGAGAAAUAUUAGGAUGGGGAUAAGCCACUCAGUCUUAUAGCUCACAUUAUCAUGCUGCUGAUGAUGUGUUACUUGAGCUUCUGUACAUUUUUGUAGUCUGCUUGAUUUUGAAGGGCAAAAUAUAUGACUGAUGACAUUAGUUUUUUUUCCUAUGCAAAUCUUAACAAGUAUUUCAAUGGUAGGUUUUCUGUAUCAAACAUUAAAGCAGAAUUUC